UAGUCUCUCUUUUCCCCUCAGACCUCACCGUGGUGGGAGCGUGGACUUAAACAUCCAGGCUUGCAAAAUCGCCAAAAUGAGCGUCCCAGCAUUUAUUGACAUAACAGAGGAGGACCAGGCUUCGGAGCUGAGAGCUUACAUCAAGGCCAAAGGAGCGGAUAUUUCAGAGGAGAAUGCUGAAGGUGGACUUCAUGUUGAUCUUGCUCAGAUCAUUGAGGCAUGUGACGUCUGCCUCAAGGACGAUGAUAAAGAUGUCGAGAGCGUAAUGAACAGCGUUGUGUCCUUGCUGUUAAUCCUGGAAACGGAGAAGCAAGAGGCUCUCAUUGAAAGCCUGUGUGAGAAACUGGUGAAGUUUCGUGAAGGAGAGAGACCCUCUCUCAGAAUGCAGCUCCUGAGCAACCUGUUCCAUGGCAUGGAUGAGAACACUCCAGUACGGUACACCGUCUUCUGCGGCCUCAUCAAGGUGGCCGCCACCUGUAAUGCCAUUGCUUUCAUUCCAACUGAUCUUGAUCAGGUGCGCAAAUGGAUCGUUGACUGGAACCUCAACACAGAAAAGAAGCACACACUUUUGAGGCUGGUGUAUGAUGCUCUGGUUGACUGCAAAAAAGGUGAACCUGCAGCAAAAGUGAUGGUUGAGUUGCUGGGGAGUUACACAGAAGACAAUGCUUCACAAGCACGCGUGGAUGCCCACAGAUGUAUCGUUCGUGCCCUUAAAGACCCCAACACCUUCCUGUUUGACCACCUGCUCACCCUGAAGCCUGUUCGCUUCCUGGAGGGAGAGCUUAUCCAUGAUCUGUUAACCAUCUUUGUGAGCGCAAGACUAAUAUCCUAUGUGAAGUUUUACCAGAAUAACAAGGACUUCAUCGAUUCUCUUGGCCUCAAUCACGAGCAAAACAUGGCCAAGAUGCGUCUGCUGACAUUCAUGGGGAUGGCCGUAGAAAUGAAGGAGAUCUCCUUCGAUACCAUGCAACAGGAACUGCAGGUCGGAGCUGAAGAUGUCGAAGCUUUUGUGAUUGACGCUGUACGGACCAAAAUGGUGUACUGCAAAAUUGACCAGACACAACAAAAGGUUGUUGUGAGCCACAGCACACACCGCACUUUUGGCAAGCAGCAGUGGCAGCAGCUGCACGACUGCCUCAGCUCCUGGAAGACGAACCUAACAGCCGUCAAGACCAGCCUGCAAGCCCUCUCACCUUCUGCCUAAUUCCACCGUAACCCCAACUGUCUCGACUCCUCGGCCGUCAGUUCCAGAUUCUCAGACUGAAAUGAGCAGUUUUUAUAUUCAUCCAAUAAAAGAACGGUGAAGAUAA